AUAGAAAUUAACAGGGGGCCAGCCUUGCGCAGCCUUGCAAUCUCACGAUGGAUAUACUCCGUUAUUCCCUCGGCAAUUCUUUUCCUACCGAAAACGCCCGACACACGGCAUCAUCUCGACCUACUGUCAAAGACUUUUUGUACGCUCCGGCAUUGGUCUUGACGUGAUCUACAGGCUAUUUACCGCGGACUGUAAGCCUUGUUGGGGCGAGGUAUCCCUAAUUUAGCAUCCCACCAGUUUCACCGGAGUUUGUAAACAAACUAUAACAAUGGCGUCCGCACGUUUUGGCCUCGUCACAAACGUGACAAAGCCUCUUUUCACAAUACUACCUAGGUCUUCAACAGCUAUUUCAACCAGAGUCAUCGACCGCCAUGGCCACAGAAGCACCUCUCGUCCCGCGCCACGCCAGAUGGUCGCUCCCAGCCGACUACCAGUCCACAAAUGAAGCUCCCCAGACACUCACCCGGACUCACUCCAAGUCGAUAUCUAGGACCGAUGUGUCGAUCCCAGAAUUACCUCUAUUCGUCGCGGCGAGGUCCCAUGCUCUAGCAGAGCCUGAGAAAGCCGCUGUCAUCGACAGGACCAGAAACCAGAGCUUCACUUAUUUAGAGCUGCUGAACGAUGUGGCGUCAUUCAAAGCACAGAUCGAGCAGUAUCUGCCUUCGAGCCAGACCGAGGAACCCAGAGUAGCGUUCCUGACGCCCUCAGGGUACGACUAUGUGGUCAUACAAUGGGCGAUUUGGGCCGCUGGAGCUAUCUCAGUUCCUCUAUGCACAUCUCACCCCCUCCCAGAACUGCAAUAUACCAUCUCCGACUCCGACCCAUCUCUAAUCAUUCUACACCCAUCAUUCUCCAGACUUGAAGCAGGUCUACGGGAACAAGCCCCCACCAUACCUCUAAUCACUAUUACACCAUUCUCCCAGACACCAAGCCACACAACAACCCUACCUAGAUUCACCACAGGAUUCCCUCUAUCGCGAGGAGCACUCAUCAUCUACACAUCCGGCACAACCUCCCGGCCUAAGGGCUGUGUGACCACCCACGAAACCAUCACUUUCCAAGCACAAUGUCUCGUCGAGGCCUGGAAAUACGGCCGAAACGACCACCUCAUCCACGUUUUACCAUUACACCACAUCCACGGCAUUAUCAACGGAUUGACGGCAACGCUGCUGUCUGGCGGUACGGUGGAAAUGCACGCCAAAUUCGACGCGAAGACGGUGUGGGACCGAUGGACUGAGAGGGGCUCGACCAUGUUCAUGGCCGUGCCGACCGUAUACUCGAGGCUGAUCGACUAUUUUGACAGUAGUAUCCGCGGUACGGACUCCGAGUCCGCGGCAAGACAAGGUGCCAAUGCGCUACGACUUGUCGUCAGUGGUUCAGCGGCCCUACCUGUUUCAGUCAAGCAGAAAUUCGACCAGAUCACGGGCCACGUGUUGCUGGAGCGGUACGGCAUGACGGAGAUCGGGAUGGGUUUGAGUUGUGGAUUGGAAAGGGAGAAGCGCAUCGAUGGGAGUGUUGGGUGGCCUUUGCCUGGUGUGCAGGUGCGGCUGACGGAUCCUGAGACUUCUGGUGUCAUUACGACAAGUGGUGAUGAGCUCUCGGGAAACAUCGAGAUCAAGGGUCCGAGCUUGUUGGCUGAGUACUUCCGCCAGCCUAAGGCUACGGCUGAAGCGUUUACUCAGGAUGGCUGGUUCAAGACUGGGGAUGUUGCGAAACGAGAUGCGAGUGGUGCGUAUUUCAUUCAGGGCCGUGAAAGCGUCGAUAUCAUCAAGUCGGGCGGAUAUAAGAUCUCGGCGCUGGAGGUGGAGAGGAAGAUAUUGGGGAAUGUCGUCUUGGGAGAUGUGGUGAGAGAGGUUGUCGUUGUUGGUGUGGCUGAUGCGGAGUGGGGACAGCGAGUUGCUGCGAUCGUCACAUUGAGAAAUCAGGGACACGAGAUCGAUCUAAAGACGUUCCGCGCACCUUUGAAGGAGGAUAUGGCACCCUACAAGAUUCCUUCGAUCUUGAAGGUGGUGGAUGCGAUUGAGCGGAAUGCUAUGGGGAAGGUCAACAAGAAGCAGAUCCUCAAACAGUACUUUGCAUGAUUGGGCUCGAAGGGCUUCAACCUGGUCAUUCCGCCAGAGCGGGCGUCGGGAGCCGAAGGAUGGUAUGGCGAUUUACUUCCACGCCGACGGCCAAUGGAAAAUGGAAAAGGCGCGGUGUGUUCUGGCUCGGCUUCCUCGUAUUGGUGGUGUUUUUGAUGGUUAAAACAUGAGCGAAUCUAUGUACCUA